AAACCGAAACCGGGUCAAACCCAAAAUGGCAAAAGCCCGACGGAUCACGGAACGAUCCUCACUUUCUAUUUACGGCGCCUGCAGUCCCCAUCCCUGACGCGGUUUCAUAAAUUUCGCACUCCACAUCCUCCAUUCUCGGGGAGUGAAUAGGCGGGGGGUCGUUCUUCGCGAAGGCGCGAGAAUAGGGAAGGGAGAGCGCGAGGAAGGAUCGGUAAGAGCCCUAACCCUAACCCUAGAUCGCUCUCGCUCAGUCGCUCGCUCUCUCUCUCUUUCUCUCUCUCUCUCUCUCUCUCCUAUACUAAGGCGCACGAGAAUCGCGGCGAUGGCGUCGUCGAGGGUGGCGGCGACGUCGUCGACGGUGAGAUCGGAUCUCGCGCGCCAGUCCUCGAUAAAUCCGCUAGCGAUCGGGGAGAUACAGAACUCCAUGAGCGGGGAUCAGGCGAGGAUCCUCGGAUCCAUGAGUAUGGACGAUCUACUCCGGAAUAUGUACGGCGAUGGCGCGGCGACGCCGUUCGGAGGUGGAGGCGAGGCGCCGCCGCCGCCGCCUCCGGCGGUGGCGCAGCAGGGGAGCUUCUCGGUGCCGAAGGAUGUGGGGAGCAUGACUGUGGAGGAGGUGUGGAGGGAGAUCAACCACGGGAGGAGGCCGGAUAACGUAGGCGGAGGAGGAGGAGGAGGAGGAGGAGGAGGAGGAGAAGAGGCGGCGGGUGGGGAAAUGACGCUGGAGGAUUUCCUGGCGAGGGCCGGGGCGGUGAGGGAGGAGGAUGUCAGGGUUCCUAUCGCGCCAACGGCGGCACAGGUGAGUUUCGGAAUGGAGUCGGUUAUGGGCAAUCGAUUUAACACUCAGCUGCCGCAGCAGCAGCAGCAGCAGCAGCAGCAGGUGCAAUUACCAAUCGAGAACCCGAUCCUGGCGUUCGGAAACGGAAUCGAGGGUGGGGGCGGAGGGGCGGGAGGUGGGGGGAGGAAGAGGCGGGUGAUGAUCGAUAGAUAAGGCUGCAUUGCAGAGGCAGAAGAGGAUGAUCAAGAAUAGGGAGUCGCAGCCCGUCGAGAGAGGAAACAGGCUUACACUGUGGAGCUUGAAUCCUUAGUGACACAGCUGGAGGUGGAAAAUGCUAGGCUGCUUAAGGAACAGGAGGAGCUUGAUAAACUGAGGCUUAAGCAGCUCAUGGAGUAUCUGAUCCCAGUCACUGAGAAGAAGAGACC